AUGGCGACGAGUGAUGCCGACGACUCUCUCUAUCCUAUCGCCGUUCUCAUCGACGAACUCAGAAACGAGGAUGUACAGUUACGCCUGAACAGCAUCAAGAAACUUGGCACCAUUGCCCUGGCACUAGGAGUAGAGAGGACUCGUACAGAACUAAUACCAUUUUUGACUGACACAAUUUACGAUGAAGACGAGGUAUUGUUAGCCCUUGCGGAACAACUGGGCAGCUUCACUCCCCUAGUCGGGGGCCCAGAAUAUGUUCAUUGUCUGUUGCCCCCACUGGAGAGCCUGGCUACAGUCGAAGAGACGGUCGUGAGAGACAAAGCAGUGGAAUCAUUGAGAAUCAUCGCAGAGCAGCACAGUCAGAGUGAUCUGGAGAACUACUUUGUGCCCUUGAUCAAACGACUUGCCGCUGGUGAUUGGUUCACAUCCAGGACUUCAGCAUGUGGGCUCUUCGCCGUCUGUUACAAGCGGGUGUCAUCGACUGUGAAAGCAGAGCUGCGACAGAAUUUCCGUAACUUGUGUGCUGAUGAUACACCUAUGGUCCGCCGUGCUGCCGCAGCAAAGCUCGGGGAGUUUGCCAAAGUGGUGGAGCUAGACUAUCUUAAAUCUGACCUCAUUCAACUCUUCAACAUGCUGGCCCAGGAUGAACAGGACUCUGUUCGCUUGUUGGCAGUGGAGGCAAGCGUGAGCAUUGUAGCGUUGCUCCCAGCUGAUAGCAAGGAGCAGCUGAUAAUGCCCAGUCUUCGCCAAGCAGCAGAAGAUAAAUCCUGGAGAGUCCGCUACAUGGUUGCCGACAAGUUCACAGAACUGCAAGCAGCUGUUGGACCAGAGAUCACCAAAGCUGAUCUGGUUCCAGCCUUCCAGAACUUGUUGAAGGAUUGUGAGGCAGAAGUUCGCGCAGUAUCAGCUAGUAAAGUUAAAGAUUUUUGUCAAGCUUUACCAUCGGAUGUGCGUGAGCAGAUCAUACUUAACAACAUUCUACCAUGUGUGAAGGAUUUGGUGGCUGAUGCCAAUCCACAUGUGAAGUCAGCAUUGGCCUCAGUUAUCAUGGGCCUGUCUCCGAUUCUGGGAAAGGACAACACAAUUGAGCAUCUGUUGCCGCUGUUCUUGAUACAGCUGAAAGAUGAAUGCCCGGAAGUGCGGCUGAACAUCAUUUCCAACCUGGACUGUGUGAAUGAGGUGAUUGGUGUUAAGCAGCUGUCACAAUCCCUGCUGCCAGCCAUCGUGGAGCUUGCCGAGGACACGAAGUGGAGGGUUCGACUCGCCAUCAUUGAAUACAUGCCCCUGCUGGCUGGUCAGUUGGGGGUAGAGUUCUUUGAUGAGAAGCUGAACUCCCUGUGUAUGGCGUGGCUGGUAGACCAUGUAUAUGCAAUUCGAGAAGCUGCCACUCUGAAUAUAAAGAAGCUGGCUGAAAAAUUUGGCAAAGAUUGGGCUCAGCAGACGAUUGUCCCAAAGGUGCUACAGAUGUCGAAGGAUCAGAACUAUCUGCAUCGUUUGACCUGCCUUUUUUGUGUCAAUCUGCUUGCAGAGCCCAUGGGACAGGAAAUGACCACAAAACUGAUGCUUCCUACAAUCAUACUCAUGGGAUCUGACCCGGUAGCUAACGUCAGGUUCAAUGUGGCCAAGACUCUUCAGAAAUUAGCCCCUUAUCUGGAUCAGAACACCAUUAAGACCCAGGUGAAGCCACUUCUAGAGAAGCUGAGAGCAGACAGUGACAUUGAUGUUCAGUAUUAUGCCUUGGAAGCCCUGGAAGGACUGAAAUAA